UGUUGCCUGCAAUCCCUCCCUGUCUCUGGCUCCUCUCCCCUACGCCUGUGUCCCCUCUCCUGGUGACCCCCCCUACCAUCAGCUGCUCACAAGCUGCCAGCCUUGCCUCCCUCCCUCCUUGCUGAGCCUCCCGGGUUCCGAGCAGACUUCCUCUUAUGUUUGUGCCAUCAACUCCCGCAACAGCCAGCCUUUAAAGAAGAUGUGGUAUAUCUAUACAAAGGAGUAUUACUCAGUGGAAAAAAAAAAACAGUGACCUCAUGAAAUCCACAGGCAAGUGGAUGGAACUAGAAAAAAAAUCAUCCAUCCUGAGUGAGGUAUCCCAGACCCACAAAGACAAAGAUGUGCCCUGGACCCCGAAACACACACCUGGAUGUGGGACAGAGAACUCGCUGUGGCGAAAAGCUAGGGGCUGCCUGAAGGACAGGGGUGGACUUCGGCUUUGUGUGUUUUCAAGUAGUGAUGGUGUCAACUAAUCCGGAGUGUCCAGUGUGGGAGCCUUCAGCCACGUGUGAUCUCUGAGCUCCUCAAACGUGGGUGACCCAACUGAGAUGAAUACGUACGCACCAGACUUUGGAGAGUUGGCAUUAACACACACACACACACACACACACACACACACACACACCCUAAUUUUAAUAAUAUUUCAGACAUACUUUUAAAAUUUCGGAUAUAAUUUUAAAAAUUGCAAUGCUUUCAAUACUUUUACAAAUUUAAAAGGCCAUACUCUCUGAGAAGAGAAGGCUUCCCCAGGAGGGCUGGCUGUGCUGACGCGUGGGUAUCCCCUGGAUAGUAGGGAGACAUUAGGUGAGGAGGCAGCUCAAAGAGGAUGGGGCGUGAGCUUGGAGGGAAGAGGGACAUGAGGAUGAUAACGUGCUUUGCCUUGAGCUCCACUUAUUUUCCUUUUUGGCUGUUUUCUUUUUAAACAGAGUAUCUUUAUACUUUGACAAUUUUGUAUUAUGUGUACAAUAUAUGUUAGUCAUAUCUACUUGAACUCUCCAUCCCCAACACGUUCUUUCAGGCGCCCUCCCUCCCUCCCUCCCUCUCCUCUCCCACCAUACUUUAGUGCUGUCUGUUGGAAUGUUGACUGAUGUUGGCUUGGUUUCGUGAUCUCAUGUGAGCAGACAUACCUGGGGUGAGUUUGGGAGCAGGGUCACGGGAUGUCCUGAAGGCCGCAUUCCACAGCUCUCUUCCCCAUCCCUCAGCUCUCGCCUAAUGCUUUGUCUUCCAUGAUGUUCCCUGAGCCUUGGGUGAAGGUUGCUGUAGAUGCCCUUUUUAGGACGAGCACUCAAUAGUCACCUAUUCUCAGCACUUUGAGGAGUGAGGAGUCUCCAUUAAGCCUGAGCACUGCAGAGAGAGGCUCCUCUGGCUAAGGUGGAAGGCAGUGCUAAUCUAUGUUUAUAAACAUUAGUAUUUAGAAGCCAGCUUGACAAAGUGUUCAUUUAGCAAGACAACAGCUGUAUAAGUUCCUCCCUAGAGCCCAUAACCUCCUGACUCACAGUUAUUUGGCCAGGUUUACGGUACCAGGAAGGACUUCCUUCCUGUCAAUUAGAUCUGACUUAAGAAUGGUUGGUUACCUCAUAACCUUUGGGCUCCUAUUGCACCAGUGGGCACAUCCUUAGGCAUUUCUUUAGAUCUUGGAUCUUGAAGCCUGUGCCUUUAGGAGCUGUGAUAACUAUUCUUGGUUUUAAAUUGAUUCCAUUUCAAAUGAACUAAAAACUCAAGCUGCUGUGAGGGGUUUUUAGUUAACUGGAUCUUUUGAGGUAAGAAGACCCACCUUAAAUCCUUAAAUCUGAGCCACACCUUCUUAUGAUAGCCUAGUUAAAGGAUAGGAAAGAAGGAAGAUUUUGCUCUUUGCCUGCCUUCCCUCGCUCUCACUGGCAAGCGUUAUGUAAUAAUCUUUUUGUAUACUGUGAAGAAAUGCCACUUGGAUUGAUUUAAUCAAAAAGCUAAAUGGCCAAUAGCUAGGCAAGGUUUUGGGGGCAAAGAGGACUCUGGGAAGAAUAGGGGCGGAGUCAAGAGGAGACACCAGGAGAUGCAGCGCAAGCAGCAUGGGCUUUACCAAGUAAAGGUAACCAAGGUACGUAAAAGAAUGUAGAUGAAAAGAUAUAAGUUAAUUUAAGUUAUAAGAACUGGUUACAUACAAGCCUAAGCUAUUGGCUGAGCUUUCAUAAUUAAUAAGAAGAGUGGUUAUUUGGGAGCUGGCUGGCAGAACAGGAAAAGUCUGACUACAGGCAAGUUCAUUCCUUCACUGUUCUUAGAGCCUACUUCUUUGAGAUCCUGAUGUGUGCUGAAGACCAGCUAAGACAUCCAGCCUCGUGGGCUGAGCAACCACUGGAUUCUUAGACUUUCCGUUUUAGAUAGCCAUUGCUAAACUAGCUGGACCACAGCCUGUAAGCCACUCCAACAAAUCUCCUGUAUAUAAAUACAGACUCAUUUUGUUGUUUCUGUUCCCCUAGAGGACCCUGACUAAUGCAGGAGCCAAGAGCUGAGCUCUCAAAGACAUCUCUGUCUCCGGUUACGAUUUUAAAGGAAGAAGUGGUGGGGGCAGGGGCUUGCUUUACUUCUUUCUCAGUUUUAUAAACAUGUUUAACCACAUAUUUCCCUGAGCAGCAGAAAUAGAUCAUUUGGGAACGGUGGCAGCUGUUCUUGCUUGUCAACUUGACUCCUGGAAUUAAACCUUCUCCGUUAAACAGAUUCUGAGAUGGGGAACAUAAGAGGGGUCAAAAGGAAAUCCCAGAGUUCUCGGUUUAGGGAAGUAGACCUCAUUGUGUCCAGUAGAAAAGCUGAUUCCGGUAGAGACGUGUGGAGGGGCAGAAGGAAGGGGUUUUGCUGUCUUGGCAUUCACACAGUGACUGGACAAGCUUGGAGGCUUCUGUCAUCCUUUAGCUUUGAUUGCCCAUUUGUUGUGGUCAUUUGAUACGAAUUUGAGUUUGCUAACCGAAAUCAAGUCAGUGGAAGUACCAAGGGUCUUAUUUGAGAAAACAGGGCCUUCCUUGGCUUUGGUGGCAGUUUUUUUUUUUUUUCCCACACAGAACUUUAAAAGCUGAAGAUGAAGUUUUGAAGAAAGUUAGAAAAUAUUAGUGGGAAAGCCUUGUCUCAAACUGCAUCUGAAAGCCAGUGAUCGAAAGGCUGGCAUUUGUCCGAGGAACCGUUCACAAAUUACCUUUCCUCUAUGAGAAGAAAGAAAAAAUCUCUUGCAAAACUUUGAUCUUGCCUCCUGACUUCUACCGCCCAGUCACUAGACAGUGAGCUGAUCAAAAGGCCAGAGGAAGCCGGGCAGUGGUGGCACGUGUCUUUAAUUGCAGCAGAGGCAGGCCAGUCUUCGUGAGUUCGAGGCCAGCCUGAUCUACAGAAUGAGUCCCAGGACAUCCAGAGCUACACAGAGAAACCCUGUCUCAAGAAACAAAGAAACAGAAAGACCAGAGGUAAAGCAAAGCGGAUGAGGCGCACCAGAAUCAUGGCCGCAUUGCCACAACCACCACGAUAAGCAGGUUGAAUUGAAGCCAACAACGGUCUAUGAAUUAUUAACACCGCUCCUGCGCUCCACCAGUGAGGAUGAAAUGAGCCUACUUACUGCAGUGAAAGAUAAAGAUGGAACCAUGGUGAGAUUACUCUAUUUGACUGCAAGUCCAGUCAUCAACAGUAGGUGGCAGUAAUGAGUCCCUUUUUGCAAUGCUGAAAGCAGUUGCCAAAAGGAAAAAAAAAAAAAAUGCUUGAGGAAGUGCUUGAAUUUCUUAUUGCUAUGCCAGAGAGGCAAGUUGUCUUGGAGAAUGGACAAGCUGGGACCUGCAUACAUUUGAGUGACCACACUGUCACAGUAAGUAACGAUCAGAAUUCCACAUGUUGGAAUUUACUACCCUCUGUGAGGCACCAAGAGAGAGGAAGCUCAAUCCGACGAUGGCAUUUGGAGGUGGCCCUUUGGGAGGAAACUAGAAUUGGAUUCAAUCAGAUCAUCAGAGUAGAGGCCCAUGCUUGAAUACUGGUGGCUUAAUAAAAGCAGGGGGGAGGAACCAGAAUACAUAUAUAUAUGUCCCCAUCUCUUGCCUUGAGAUGCCCCUUGCUGCCUAGGAUUCUGCUCUCAAGGUCACUGCCAGAUGUGACCCCUUGACUUUGGACCAAAACUGUAAGUAAAAUUAACUUCUUUUCUUUGUCAAGCAGUCUGUCUCUGGCGUUUCGUUAUACCAGGGAAAACAGUCUGCACAGUGGAACUCAGUUUCUCCUGGACAAGCGCUGUAACACACAGCUCCUUGUUAAUUCCUUGUUAAUGGAGAGGGUUACUUUCAUUUUUAUUCUGGGUUAUUCUUACUGAAUAUUCUUGAUGUUUUCCCAGACUAUGGUAACUGUUCUGGGGAGCUAUAGGUCAAGGUGGAAUUGGAGGAUUUGAAAAUGCUCCCCAAGCCACAUCCAAGUAGAUGAAUGCAGGAGUUUGCACAGUCACACAGGAAGCCAACCAGAAAUGCUUGCCCUCCGUCCACACCUCCCAGGGCUGGUUAAUAGUUACUCUAGCUCAGAGAAAACUCUUCACACAUGUUUGAAGAACUGAAUUUAACGAGCCACAUUCAUUGUGGGGUGUUGUCCUAUUUAAGAUCAACCAAACCCUGAUUGAUAUCGCCAGAGUUUCUGAGCAGAGGUAAGGCAAAUACGUUAGUUUCUUGUGCCAUUUGAUGGCAGCUAAACUUGUCCUGGAUCAUAAAAAUGGACAUACAUGUAUCUGAAGGCUUUUAUGCUUCAAAAGUCCCCUUUCACUGCCCAGUUAAUGAAUCAUCCUUUUCUAGUUAAUGGUGAGAUGGUUUUGAGGGUCUAAAAUAGAAGGGCCAGUGACUAUCGUUAAGACUCUGCUCAACAAUGUUUUGGCGGGGCAUGGUGCUACAUACAUCCCAGCAUUUUGGAGGCUGAGACAGGAGGAUCACUGUGAGUUUGAGACCACCAUUUUACAUAGCUACUAAGUAAGUUCUAGGAUAGCCAGGGUUACAUAUUGGGAGGUGUCCCAAAAACAAAAAUGGUAACAACAGGAAUUUGGUUUUGUUUGGACAAGAAAAUUUAGAUAUUGAUUUUCAGUGACUUUAGCAAGUUUGUUAUCUAUAAUUUAUAGCUUCAAAUAUCUAAAAUUAUUUAAAUAUCUAAAAAUCUCUACAACAAAUAUCUAAAAUUGAUUUCCUUACGUUUAUAAUACUUUUAUUUUUUGAAAAACACUUAUUUCUUUAUCUGGAGUGUGUGCCUGCGUUUGCAUGUGCAUGUGUGGAGGUCUUUGGGAUGCUGGAGCGGGAUACUUGGGACAUUUCUCGGCCUUUCCCAGGGCAAUCAAUGCGGUGCCAAGGCUAGCCUUGCUUUUCACGUGAAGGUUGAUGCGGUCAUCUUUAUUGCUCAGAGGUUUCCUGGUGGAGAACUCAGAAUAGCCAGGACAUCCUUGGACACUCCUGCAGAAAGGUCAGCCCGCGGAGAGCUCUGCAUGUCUAGCCUGGGGAACUUUUAUAGCACAGGGCUACCUCUCAGAAUCGAAUUCUUUAGGUCUGUCUGCGCCAUUUGAUGUCUGGUGAGGGACAUGCUGGCUCUUUGUUGGUAUGCUGGUGGCUUGUCUUUAAUGCCAGUCUAGGGGGUGUUGAAUCAGUUUCCUGAGACAGAUGCCGAGCUGUGCAGUCUGUAAAAAGCCUCCAAUGCCAGCUCAGCUCAGCUCCCUCUGUUCUCCCACCAUUGGAAAGGGGACGACAGACAGCAACCAAGGUCACAGGCAGGGGCUGAUAACUAGAGCAAUGGGCACAACCCCAAACAAUGUCUGGUGUGUCAGAGGGGGACAUAUUCAUUUGAUGAAUGAACAAAAAAGAUUUUCUGAAGUUUUUCCAGCCUCGAAUCCCUCCAAUAUCGAAUGAGUGAAUUAUUCUUAUGACUCAGUAUCCUUGUGACUCGUAGGAUCUGUUGGGAUUUGAAUGUGAAAUGUCCCCCAGAGGCUCUUGUGUUUGAACACUUGGUCCCCAGUUGGUGCUCUUUGGGAGGUGUUGGAAUCUUUACAAGGUAGAGUCUUGUGGGGGAAGUAUAUCUGUCAUUGGGGAUGGGUUCUGAAGGUUAAUAGCCUUACCUCACUUCCUCCCUCCCUCUUGCUCUGCCUCCUGUGUGUGGAUGGAAAGGUGAUCCGCAGGCUUUCCUGCUCCUGCGGCCAUGCCUUCUCCACCAUAAUGACUCUGUCCCCCUGGAACCACAAACUAAAAUAAACCCAAUUCUUCCUUCAGCUGCUCUUGCUAGGGUAUUUAUCACAGCAACAGAAUUAUCUAAUAAUGGGAUCUAACCCUGCUUCCUUGCCAUGACCAACAAGCCCUAGAGUGAUCUUGGCCCCGACGCCUUUUGUGUUUGCCUCAUCCCGGACAAUUGCUGGCCACCCUGUUCCUCAGAGUAGUUCACCGCAGGUCCUUCUCAAGACUUUAUAUUUACCUUUUGUUUUUUUGUGUUUUGCUAGAAGGGCUCUUCCCUCAGCUCUUUGGCUUCCUUUCGAUUUCUACCCCAAGGUCAUCUCAAAAGGCUUUCUCCAGGGAAUUAGUCAAAACGAAUUCCUUAGCACUGUAUCUGACCCGAAGUUACCCUGAUUCAUUUUUCUAGAUUACUCUUUAACUACUGCAUGAAAUUAAAAUGAGUUAUUUAUUAACAGGGCUUUACUUUGAGAGACAGGAGUUGCUCUUCUUCACUGGUCUGUGUCUGGGCCCCCAAACACUGAUACAUAUUGGCUGGAUAAAUGAAUGAAUGAAUGAAUGAAUGAAUGAGUAAACGACCUUAACUGUGAUCUUUAUCAGCUUUUGAGUAAGACCAAAGUUAGGUCCACGACUUGCCCAGGUAAUCACAGUGAUGCCAGUGAUGCCGGGGUAGUUGAGACUCUGCCGCCCAGGGGGUCUUUUCAGAGUCACGGGACACCUGAACUUCCCACAUCAAAGCAUUAAAGGAUGCAAAAUGAGUCUCAGCGUUGGUUUUGAAUGAGUGUUUGAGAGGGCCAGAGCCAGGGAACUGUCUUAAUUUGGAUUACUGUUGCUGAGAUGAAACCCCAUGGCCCAGCAGCUUGGGGAGGAAAGGGUUUCUUCGGCAUACACUUCCAUACCAUAGUCCGUUAUUGAGGGAAGUCAGGGCAGGAACUCAAAUAGAGUGGGGUAUCUGGAGGCCUGAGAUGAUGAAGAGGCCAUGGAGGGGGCUGCUUACACCUUGCUCAGUCUGCUUUCUUAUAGAACCCAGAAUCACCAGCCCAGGGAGGGUACCACCCACAAUGGACUGGGCCCCCUUCUAUCAAUCACUAGUUAGGAAAAUGUCCUAUUGCCCAAUCUUUUUUUCUUUGUAAAGGCAUUGAAAUAUUUAUUUGAAUUCUAUUUCUUUUCUUUCCUUUUCUUUUUUUAAAUUUAUUUUUAAAACAAUCUUUUCUCGUUUUAUAUAUCAAUCCCAGCUCUUUCUCUCUCUCGUCUUCCCACCCACCCAUCUACUCCUCAGAGAGGGUAAGGCUUCCCAUGGGGAUUCAACAAAGUCUGGCAUAUCGCUUUGAGGCAGGACCAAGCUGCCUGCCCCCAUAUCUAGACUGAGUACGGUAUUCCUUCAAAGCGAAUAGACUCCAAAAAAGCCAUAAAUCGUGGUCCCACUGCCAGUGGCCCCACAGGCUGCCCCAGUCACACAACUGUCACCCACAUUCAGAGUGCCUAGUUUGGUCCUGUGCAGGUUCCCCUGCCGUCAGUCUGGAGUCAGUGAGCCCCACCUAGCUCAGGUCAGCUGUUUCUGUGGACAUCCCCAUCAUGGUCUUGACUCAUAUUACCAUUCUUCCCUCUCUUCUACUGGACUCUGGGAGCUUGGUCCAGGGCUAGCUGUGGUUCUCUGCAUCUGCUUCCAUCAGUUGCUGGAUGAAGUUUCUUUGAUGGCAAUUAAGGUAGUCGUCGAUCUGAUUACAGGGGAAGGCCAGCUCAGGUACCCUCUCCACUAUUGCUAAUGGUCUUAGCUGGGGUCAUCCUUGCUGAUUCCUACAGCUAGAUCUUAAGGAGGCUUUUUCUCAAUUGAGGUCCCCUCCUUUCAGAUGACUCUAGCUUGUGUCAAGUUGACAUUAAACUAUACAGCAUAAGGAGUGUCUGUGGGCCAUCUGUGUUCCAAUUCUACAGUUCCUGCAAUAAACCAUCGUCAGUUUAGUAGCUUAAAAUAACAGCAGUUUAUUCUGGGGACUAGAAGUACAGGCAUCGGCAGAGCUGUGGUCUCUCUGUAACUUUCUCCAGUUCCUACGGUAUAUAAAGUUGUUUGGGGCUAACAAGAUGGCGGAGUGGAUAAAGGUACUUGCUGCCAAACCUGACAAGCUGAGCUUAAUCUUUGGGUGGUCUCACGUGGUGGAAGGAGAAAAGUGACGCUCACAAGUGUCCUCCACACAUGCCCUGUGACAGGCGCGUGUGCAUACACACACAGACACACACACACAGACACACACACAUACACAGUACCUACUGUCCAUCUAUUCACCAGCUAUCAAAUUUAUCAGUCUUCUUGAUUUUGGGUUGUAUAACUCUAAAGAGCAUAGCCUUCAUUUCAUAAAUCUCUAAUAACAGAAGCUGUUUAAUAUCUGACUUCAUAUAAUCAUUUCAUGUGAAUUUUUCCUAGGAUCUGUACCCAUGUCGAAAGUGCUCUGAAGAAUAUAGCAGCUGCCUCAGGAAUGUUUAUUGCCAUACAAUGAUUAAAAUAAAUUCCAUCAUCUUCUAUGUUAUCAUUGUCUUGGGAUUGAUACUUAUCAAUAUCCGAUUAUCCGGUGGAAGUGAACUUAUCAUUAAGAGGCCGAGAGCAAACCUCACCCAUGUGCCCAAGGACCUACCCUUGACAACAACUACUUUAGAUCUAUCACAAAACAAUAUAUCUGAACUUCAGACUUCUGACAUCCUCUCACUGUCCAAGCUGAGGGCCUUGGUGAUGUCCUACAACAGACUCCGGUACCUUGAUAUCGGUGUUUUCAAAUUCAACACGGAACUGGAAUAUUUGGAUUUGUCCCACAAUGAGUUAAGGGUGAUUUCUUGCCACCCCACAGCCAACUUCAAGCAUUUAGAUCUUUCCUUCAAUGCAUUUGAUGCCCUUCCCAUAUGCAAAGAGUUUGGCAACAUGUCCCAGUUAAAAUUUCUGGGACUGAGUGGUAGUCAGGUGCAAAGCGCGAGUGUGCAGCUGAUUGCUCGUUUGAAUAUCACUGAGGUUUUGCUGGUGUUAGGAGACACUUACGGGGAAAGAGAAGACCCCCAGUGUCUUCAGCACAUUAACACUGGGGCUCUGCAUGUUGUUUUCCCCGAGAAAAGAGAAUUUCGUUUUACGCUGGAUGUAUCAGUCAGCACUGUAAACAGUUUGGAACUAUCUAACAUCAAGUGUGGACUUGAAAACUCUAAUUGUUCUUAUUUCUUAAGUGCUUUGUUAAAGCUUAGAAAGAAUCCGGGGCUAUCAAGUCUUACCUUAAACAACAUUAAAACGACAUGGAAUUCCUUCCUUGAUAUCCUCCAGUCUGUUUGGCAUGCACCCGUAAAGUAUUUCUCAAUUUCAAACAUGACACUACAAGGUCAAGUUGAGUUCAGAAAUUUCAAUUAUUCUGGCACUUCUCUAAAGGCGUUGUCAAUACAUCAAGUUGUCAGUGAAGUGUACAGUUUACCACAAAGAUACAUUUAUGGUAUCUUUUCCAAUAUGAACAUCCAAAACUUCACGGUGUCUGGAACACGCAUGCUCCACAUGCUUUGCCCGUUAAAUGUUAGCCCAUUUCUGUAUUUGGACUUCACAGAUAACCUCUUAACAGACAUGGUUUUUGAAGAUUGCAGAAACUUAAUUAAAUUGAAAACACUUAGUUUACAAAAGAACCAGUUAAAAAAACUUGAAAAUAUAAUUCUUAUGUCUGCGGAGAUGAAAUCACUACAAAAACUAGACAUUAGCCAGAAUUUUCUACAGUACAGCGAGAAGGAAAACCUAUGCUCCUGGACGGAGAGUUUGCUAGUUUUAAAUUUGUCCUCAAAUAUGCUUGCUGACUGUGUCUUCAAAUGCUUGCCCCCCAAGGUCAAGGUCCUUGACCUUCACAACAACAGAAUAAUGAGCAUCCCUAAAGAGAUCACCUACCUGCAAGCUUUGCAGGAACUCAAUGUUGCAUCCAAUUCUUUAGUGGACCUUCCCGGAUGCGGGGCCUUCGGCAGCCUUUCUGUGCUGGUCAUUGAGCAUAAUUCAGUUUCCCUCCCCUCAGUGGAUUUCUUCCAGAGCUGUCAGAAGAUCAGGUCCUUAGCAGCAGGGAACAACCCAUUCCGAUGUACAUGUGAGCUGAGAGAGUUUAUCAAAAACAUAGGCCACGUAUCCGGAGAAGUGGUAGAGGGCUGGCCCGAUUCUUACAGGUGUGACUCCCCAGAAGGUGCUAAGGGGACCCCACUGCAGGACUUCCGCAUGUCUCCAUUGUCCUGUGAUACUGUUCUGCUGAUGGUCACAGUCGGGGCCACUUUGCUGGUGUUGGUUGCCAUCAUGGCUUUCCUCUGGCUCUACUUUGACCUGCCCUGGUACCUGAGGAUGGUGUGUCAGUGGACACAGACCCGGCACAGGGCCAGGAACAUCCCCGAAGAGGAACUCCAGAGGAAGCUCCAAUUCCAUGCUUUUGUCUCAUACAGUAGACAUGAUUCUACCUGGGUGAAGAAUGAAUUACUACCAAACCUAGAGAAAGAUGGCAUACGGGUUUGCCUCCAUGAGAGAAACUUUAUUCCUGGCAAGAGCAUCAUGGAGAAUAUCAUCCAUUCCAUCGAGAAGAGCUACAAGUCCAUUUUUGUGUUGUCUCCCCAUUUCAUUCAGAGUGAGUGGUGCCAUUAUGAGCUCUACUUUGCCCAUCACAAUCUCUUCCACGAAGGCUCUGAUAACCUAAUCCUGAUCUUGCUGGAGCCCAUCCCACAGUACUCCAUCCCUAGCAACUACCACAAACUUAAAUCUCUCAUGGCGCAGCGGACUUACUUGGAAUGGCCUAUGGAGAACAGCAAACAUAGACUUUUUUGGGCAAACCUAAGAGCAACCAUUAAUGUCAAGCUGGUUAGCCAAGCAGAAACUACAUGUCACAUACAGAGAUAAGAAUAUUCACCUCAUCAGGGUUGCUGCUUUGGGCAGUUCUGAUAGCGGUGCCAUUGGCAUCAUCAUGAACUUAAGAAUAAUCUGACAUUAUGAUGUAGGAAUUUGUGAUUUUAAGCCCAAGUUUACCACUAGUGUGUGGUAAUAAAAAUUAGUAGA